UCGACGCGAACGAACGGAUGCUCGUUGAAUCGGAUCAAUAGCCGAACAGUCCACGCCCCAGCAGCCUUCGCCCGACCACACCUAACACACUAGUCGGGAAUCCGAUCUGUAGCUUGCCAUUCCUACAUCUUGGGCCGUCGUACCUCCAUCCCACUCGAACACUCCGCAAUCGAAAAGCGAAACGGGUUUCUCACCCGUGAACGACGACUACCGCUUCGACCAUGGCAUCAACAACCUUCAGAGACUCGAUGAACUCCUUGGGCUGGAGCCGGCGCGAUCCGGACCUGCCCGUCAACACCGCGCCGCCGUCAUCGUCAUUCAUGGGCCGAGUCCAGUCACUCAACCCCUUUGGCAACGGUGGAGGCUAUGUCCGUCUCCCAACCAAUGAAGGCCCCGGCGCCCCGCUCCCAGCCCCCACGCGAAGAGACGAGGAAGAGGGAUGGUUUGCGUUAAGUCGAUGGGAUCGCAUGCUCAUCUUUGGCGGCUUGAACCUCGCGGCUCUGGGCAUGUUCGUUACUUGCUUCGUCCUGAUCCCUACUGGGAUUUUUGUGGUGCGGCCACGGAAGUUUGCCAUCUUAUGGACGAUAGGAUCAGUCUUGUUCCUAGCCUCUUGGGCUGUCAUGAUGGGCCCGGUGCCUUAUGUGAAACAUCUCCUAUCAGGCCCCAGGCUUCCCUUCACAGCCGCCUACUUUGGGUCUAUCGGCUUGACGCUAUAUUUUUCUCUUAAGCUCCAUUCCACCCUCCUCACGCUUAUUUCCUCCAUCGCACAGUUCGUCUGUCUACUUUGGUAUCUCGUCUCAUAUUUCCCACUGGGCUCGCAAGGCCUACGCUUAGCGGCGCGUGUUGGCGGUGGAAGAGUAGCUGGGUGGAUGAAUGACUAGGAUCCGUCGCGCAUUCUCGCCGUUUGCCCUAUGACCCCCCAAGGCAACCCAUCAUGACUUGCUAGCUCGGCUUCCUGCUUAGCAUUGUCGAUCUAGGUGACAUUGAGAGGAGCUCAGCGCAAGAGCUUCCUCGAAUAUUUCUCAUGCCGGGUGGAGUCUUCGUUCUUGACUGCUUCCUGUUUCGCUUGCAGCCGAAUCUCCCCUCCGUUGGAAAGUCACUCCCUAUAGAUAGGAGGGUCAGGCAUGUUCAACUGUGCCUGUUCUGAUCGUCACUACGUCAGAGCAUCCACCGGACAGUGGCAGGAGUCCGAGAUGCCUGCUGUCGAGCCUGGGCGCCCUUCCGGCUGCAUCCGCUGAUCGACCGGGCAAAGAUCAAUCGUAUGGUUUCAGCAAGAUUUGCAUUUUGUGUACCAAAACGAGUAAUAUCCCAUGGCGUAUGGGCAUAUCCUAUUUUAAAACUUGUAUACGUCA